AUGAGGGUUUCAGCCCUUCGGUUGUAUUCCUCCGGCAAGUUCCCACCUCACACUGUGAUUAACAUGCCUGCCUUGUCUCCUACCAUGACUCAAGGUAACAUUGCUUCCUGGAGCAAGAAGGUUGGUGACCAAUUGCAACCUGGUGAAUCCAUUGCUGAAAUUGAAACCGAUAAGGCUACCAUGGAAUUUGAGUUCCAAGAAGAAGGAUACUUGGCCAAGAUCUUACUUGAUGGUGGUGCCAAUGAUGUUCCAGUCGGUAAGGCAAUCGCUGUUUACGUCGAAGAAGCCAGCGAUGUUCCUGCUUUCGAAAACUUCUCUGCUGCCGAUGCAGGUGACAGUGGAUCUUCUGCUCCAGCUCCUGCUCCUGCUGCUGAAGAAUCUUCUUCUACUGCUGAAUCUUCUGCUCCUGCUCCAGCUAAGGAAGAAUCAAAGACUCCAGCUUCUUCUACUAAAAAGCCUGCUGUAGGUGGUAGAAUUUUUGCUUCUCCUUUGGCAAAGACCAUUGCUUUAGACAAGGGUAUUGCCUUAAAGAACAUCACCGGUACCGGUCCUAACGGUAGAAUCAUCGCUGCUGAUGUCGAAAACUACAAGGCUCCUGCUGCUUCCUCAGAUGCUGCUGCCGCUCCAGCUGCUUCAUCUGCUCCAGCUGCUGCUGAAUACGAAGACACACCUUUGACUAACAUGAGAAAGGCCAUCGCAUCAAGAUUGUUGCAAUCCACUCAACAAUCACCAGCUUUCUUUGUUUCAUCCACUCUUUCGGUCUCUAAGUUAUUGAAAUUGCGUCAAUCCUUAAACAGCUCUGCUGAAGACAGAUAUAGAUUGUCUGUUAACGAUUUGUUGGUCAAGGCCAUUGCUUUGGCUUCUACUAGAGUACCUACUGUCAACUCUGCUUGGUUCGGUAAUGAAGGUUAUAUCAGAACUUACAAGAAUGUUGAUGUCUCAGUUGCCGUUGCUACCCCAACUGGUUUGAUCACCCCAAUUGUUAAGAACGCUCACUCAAAGGGUUUGGCUACUAUUUCCAAGGAAGUUAAGGACUUGGGUAAGAGAGCUAAGGAAGGUAAGUUGCAGCCAGAAGAAUUCCAAGGUGGUACUAUUUGUAUUUCCAACUUGGGCAUGAACCCAGCUGUUAACAGUUUCACCUCGAUCAUUAACCCUCCACAAUCCGCCAUCAUUGCCAUCGGUACCGUUGACAAGAAGGCUGUUCCCUCUGAUGUCAAUGAACAAGGCUUCGUCUUUGAAGAUGUCAUCACUAUCACUGGUACCUUUGACCACAGGGUUGUCGAUGGUGCUGUUGCUGGUGAAUGGGUUAAGGAAUUGAAGAAGAUUGUUGAGAACCCAUUGGAAAUGUUGAUUUAA